AAAAUAGCCGAUGCCUCUACCGUACCAGAGGGUGGCGCUGUGUUCCCUGUUUAGUGUAUUAGUCGGCGUAGUGCUGCUUCAUGGCGGUCCGGCUUGGUUCGCCUCGGCAGCACACGGACUGACCCACCGUCACGUAUGUAAGCAGGAGCUCGAGAGGCAGUAUUCGCCCAGCUGCUGGUCACACAGGAUGGCGGCGGACGACGUGAUCAAGGCCCACGUCAAGGCUUUAAAGGAAGGUACAGACCGCGCUCGCCUUCUGGCUCAACCUCUGCUCAAUGUGCCCUACGGAGAUGGGGAAGGCGAAAGACUGGAUGCCUACAUCCCCUCUACCAAUUCUCUCGACGUACCUCUUGUCAUUUACCUCCACGGAGGAUACUGGCAGUUUCUCAGUAAAGAGGAGUCAGGAUUCAUGGCAGUCCCCCUCGUGGAUAAAGGUGUGGUCGUGGUGGCAGUUGGCUACGACAUCGCCCCCAGAGGUAAUAUGGACCUGAUGGUCUCUCAAGUGCGCAGGAGCAUCGUGUCUGUCGUCCAGCAGUAUUCUCACAUCAGUGGACUGUACCUGUGCGGCCACUCUGCCGGCGCUCACCUUGCUGCAAUGAUCCUGUCCACUGACUGGUCGCAGUAUAGCAUCGUGCCUCAAAUCAAAGGCGCUCUUCUCCUCAGUGGUAUCUAUGACCUCUUACCCAUCCUGUCUACCUAUGUCAACGAGCCUUUGAAGAUGACAGAGGAAGUGGCCAUAAGAAACAGCCCCAGCAAACUGAUCCCUCAGCUCAAGCGCUCCUCCACCGGCUGCCAAAUUGUUGUGGCUGUCGCUGAGAACGACUCGCCGGAGUUUCGCAAACAGUCAGAGGAUUACUACAAUACUCUGAAGGCAACUGGGCUCAAUGUGACCUUGGAGGAUGUGGCGAACACAGACCACUUCAGUAUUGUAGAGCAGCUGAUUGAUGGGGAUUAUCACCUUACAAAGCUCCUGUUGAAGGUGAUGGGGAAGAGCUGAGGUGGAAGCGUCAUCAACAUCUCAUCUCUGAGGAGACCUGUCAUGCACCCAUCCUCUGUGAUGAAGACGAUAAUUUAGUCCCAGCAUCAAGUUCAUCAUCACUGUAGUUACUGCUUUUUGUGGGUUGAAGUUGCAUUACAAUAUUGUUUACCGUGGGAGAACCUGGGAAAAUACAAUUGGUUCAUCGUUAUUUGUAAGCUGAGACUUUUUUUUUUUUUAAUUGUGCUCAGAACACAGUUCAUAGUUUUGGUUGACAUUCAAAUUUUGUGUUUGCGACACCACUUGAGAGUUUUAACACGGGCCCUAAAAUGCCUGUAGUUUUGACGUUAUUUGUCUACAUUACCGUCCUUUGUUACUUAUCACUAAUAUACGUUGAGUCACAAUAUGUUGGCAAUAUACAGGUACUUCUCAAUAAAUUUGUAGUGACAAAAGCUUUAGUUGUUGGUUCAAAUCAAAAUGAGAAAUUCAAAUUACAGCUGCACACACUGAAGUAUUUCUUUUUUUUUUUGUGUGCGUGUAUAGUUUUGAAAAUUCAAAAGUAACCAUCUCUAGAAACUAAAAUAUUACGUCACCAACACAAAAUAAUGCAAAGGAUUUUUAAUGGAGAAUUAGGAAUGCAUUUGCCGUCUGAAAAUGAUCUCGAGUAUUUAAUGAAUCUAUUUCAAAUGUUUUAAGGUGCACCUGUACGCAGUCAUAGUUGGUUUGAGGCAAAAAAACAAACACACUGAAUGUAGCAUUCAGGUUUCACCUCUGCAGAGCUGAGUCAGGGAUUGUUAACUUUUAAAUGUUGAUAUCUUCAUAAUUAGUUGAUUACGGGUUGAUGUAUAAAAUGUUUGUUUUUAAGUGCAAGUCUAAGAAUAGUCGCACCUUUUAGUAUUUA